AUGGAGCUAGUGUGCUGUGGCUGCAGAGGAAAGUGUGAAACCCGUAGGUGCUCUUGCGUCAAGAACGAACUCCACUGCACAGAGGCAUGUUCCUGUGGGGAAGAAUGUGUCAACUGUGACAACAGUCAAUUCAGCGAUGAUGAGGACGACUCCACCAGUAAUGAGGAAGAAGAUGACCUCCCCUUGGCUUAUGGACUAUUCGGAAAUUUAUUGCCUCAACAAGGAGAUAAGAAAACAGAUGCUGGAAGCUGCGCAGACAUUUUGUUUCCUAUUGAGUAUAACUUCAAACCAUACGUUGACGAGGAAGUUAAAAGGCAGCAUUUUUCUGGAACUGAACUCUUAAAGAAGGGAACUACUGUAACUGCUUCUUCACCAAACCACUUUCAGAGCAAACCGGAGAAUGCAACAUCUCUGAGGACUGGAAAUCUACAUUGUUCUCAAACAGAAAAGGUGACAAUUAAUGAGGAAUCUCAUCGGGAAGACCAGUUGCCUCUAGAAAAUUUCAGUUAUGCCAUGGAAGGUCCUCUUGCCACAGGAUACCUUAAAUCAACUCACCAACAGAACGAGACGUGUGCCGUUUUUAAAAGUAAUGCAUGCACUGAUGAUAUAGAAGAAGAACGUAAACAGGUCACGGACAGGCUCACCUCUACUUUCCUGACGGCGACAAAUCUUUCUUUGGGAAAAAUUUCUGAAAAAAAAGUAAAGUGUCUUGAGAAGGAUUAUUUGUCAGCAGGAACCAAUAUUACUUGUCCUGAUAAUGCGUUCGAAAGACCUUCAGCGAGACUCGUAAAUAACAAAAGCUCCUGUUCUAAGCGCAAAAGCGAUGUCUUUAAAGACACUUAUUUAGAAGACGGAAGCCGCCAAAAGUCUCUUGAAUUUUCUUCAUAUGGGGUCAAGAACUUUAGAAGCACAAACUUACUCGAGCAUCACAACAGAUUUAAUAUUCCUGGAAAACUAGGAUUUGAUGUGGGCAAUUCUUCCUUUGGUGGAGAGACAAAUGCUUCUGCAAGAACUCGUGUCUAUCAUGGGAAAACAAAAACCAAAGCAGAGAUUGGGUAUACUAAACGUGACGGUCUCGCUGCAGUCCAAACGGAGCAACUUGUAAAUGAAUCUCCGUGUUGGGCGGCAAAAGAACCUGUAACAGAUGUAAAUCUUCGAGCGAAUUUGAGAGCGGGAAAGGUUCGUGACGUGUAUACGCAUUUUGUGGGUGUCUUUUUCUAA